CGCCGGUCACCGCGCAUUCCACCGCUCUUGCUCUCAAACCGCCACCACGACCACACACACGCAGACUCACGACGCUCACGAUGAGACCCUUCUCAUUUGUUCUUUCUCUGCUGGCGCUCUCGGUUGGCUCAGCACACGCUCAGUCCACUACGGUCGUCGACGCGCUUGGUCAAACGGUCGUUGAGUUCAUCACAAUUGACCAAGCACUUGGUCUUCCUACCACCCAGACUCUACAAACACUCACCACGACCGCUGCCGCCACGACCGCUGUCGCUACGACUGCUACCACCGCUGCUGACGGCCAGCAAGGCCCCGUGGGAGUGCCUGCGGCUACCUCAGACGACGCUGGACCAACGGUCUACACGUACACCACCACGGAUGCCGGAGGCGACACUGUUGCGGUUGUAGACACCUUCACCCCUACCUUCGUGACCACAAGCACCUGGGUCAGCGCACCUGCUGGAACCGUACUAGCCUUCAGCUCAUGGCAGGGUCUGGUUGGCACCAACACCGUCGCGCCAGAAGUCAGCGCUGCCUCCCCGCGGUGGACCCUUCAGCACAAGUGGUUCGGCAUCGCCUCUAGUGUUUGUGCGGCGGUCGCGGGUGGUGCAUGGCUGGUGUUGGCGUGAGGCGUCAUCCACGUCGCCGUCAGGGCGACCUAGAUUCUCGCACGGACAUUCCGGACGGUUUUAUCCCACUGAGCGGAUGCUGUAUAUACACUAUUCUUGACGACCCUACCACGAACACUACUAGCUUUUCCAUGUCCCGCCUUUGUAGCACAGUUUUCCGUGUAUUUAU